UAGAAACCAAAAGACGAAGCGGGAUGGCGAGCCAGGCGCAGACGGCCGAGGGCGGCGAGGAGUACCUCAACUCGAUGAACUUUCGGUCGCUCAUCGAGUGGGUCACGGCCGAAGCGCUCUUGAGCCGCCCGGACGACCCUCUCGCCUUCAUGCGCACGAUCGCGUCCGAGAAGCUCGCCUUGCGCUCGUCGGGCGAGUCGUACAACCCAGACCACGCCAUGACGUACAUCAAGCAGUGCUACGCGGAAGCGAGCGCGUCGGCGGACGAGAACGGACGGCUUUGCCUUCGGCCCAAGCGCGACAGCGUCGUCGCGAGCAGCGGCGAGAACGCAGCCAACAAGCGGCUGACGCUACUCGAGAAGCUCAUUCAGGCCUUCCGCGUCAUCACCAUGCAGCUCGACCCGCUUGAAGCGACCAACUCGAUCAUCAAGCAGACGUGCAAGAUUCUCAACUGCGAGCGAUCGACGCUCUUCAAACUUGAUGCGGCGCGCCAAACGUUGAAUCUCAGUGUCGCCGAGGGCGUGGCCGAGAUCAGUGUGCCUGUCGGCAAGGGCAUUGCAGGCGUCGUCGCGUCGACCGGGAAGCUCGUCAACAUCGCCAAUGCAUACGCCGACCCCAACUUUGACUCGCAGUACGACAUGCAGACCGGGUACCAUACGCGCUCGAUCCUGUGCGUCCCGGUGCGCAACGGCCAUGGCGCGAUCGUCGGCGUCAUGCAGGCGCUCAACCGCGUCGGAAAUGAAAAGGACGGCGGCUUCACCGACAUGGACGAGGAGGUCAUGACGAUCCUUGCGGCGCAGGCGGGCAUCGCGCUCCAGAACGCCCAGAACCACAAGACUGCGCUCCUCGCCCAGAAGAAAGUGACCGAGGUGCUCGAUAUCGUCAAGGCCAUGCACGGCGACCUCGGCAUCAACUCGCUUAUCUUCACGGUUGCGCACCGCAUCCAGACGCUCAUUGGCGCCGACCGGUGUUCGCUGUACCUUGUGGAUAAGAACAAGGGCGAGCUGUGGACGCUGCAAGGCGAAGUCGACAUUCGCAUUCCGUGGCACCAAGGCAUUUCCGGGGCAGUGGCCCAAGAAGGCAACGUGAUCAACCUCCUCAACGCAUACGACGAUGCGCGCUUCAACAAGGAGGUCGACCAGAAGCUCGGGUACAAGACGCAAACGAUUCUAGCGCUGCCGCUGCGCGGCAAGAAGGCCGACGUCAUUGGCGUCCUCCAGCUCAUCAACAAGACAGACGGCGUCUUUACGACCGACGACGAAGAGAUCCUCGCCGUCUUCCUCGCGAUUGCGGGCCCGAUCCUGGAAAACUCGCCGCUUUUCAUGCGCGCCAAGGAAACGUCGGCCGAAUCCAACGAACUCAUGGGGCGCGCGAUCGGGCACAAGGCGCCCAAGGGCCUCGACGUCGACAUGAACGAGAUCAAAGAGUCGGAAGACGACGGCGAAGACGAGGAUUAGAGUGGCUUGUAACACACUGGACGGACGCUUGCGUAACACUUGG